GCGGAGGUGACAGCGGAGAAUGGAGAGGAGCUCGUCCGCCCGGCGAGCUUUGACCGCGGCGAGCGUGGAGAACCCACUCGGCCCUUCCCCUCUGGAGCCAGCGUGCUGAAAGAAAGUGGGAGGAAUUAACUGGGGGCAAGGGAAAGGAAUGGCUGAUCCUCUGCGGAGGACUUUACUAGCGAAACUCCGGGGGAAGAAAUCCAAGAAAGGAGCGACGGUCGGCGGUGGAUACGACUCUGCUGCUGCUGCGGCGAAUGGGGGCCGAGAAGGUAAAGAAAAAGUUUUGCAGCGAGACUCCGAUGAUUCUCGCCCGGUAGUGUUGCUCACAGGGCUGGAUUGCACGACAGAGAGAAUGAGUACGUACGAGAAUUGUGUUGACGGGGCCAUGGUGCAAACAGGGGGGGUGGUGAUAGUCCGGGAGAGUCGCGCAGCAGAGUUGUCCGGCGCGCGUCCCCAGGAGCGCAGCAGCGGGGGCAGGGUUCGGGUUAAUGAGCAGCUCCUGGGGGUCUCACUUCAAAGAGACGUGCACUUUGGGGGACAUGAAUUCAGGGAGGGAAGUAGGAGCCACCAGGGGCCCGGAUCUGCCGGCAAAAUCAAGUUAUCUGCGGGGGUCCCGCUUGGAGGACCGCACGUGCAGAGAAAACACUUCGUCUCGGUGCCGCGGCAGUGCAGCGACUCAAUCGGGUUUGGGGACAAUUCAAAUCACGUUAUGUGCGGAGCACGGGUAGAAACGCAUACCGGGGUCGGUAAACCGGCAGAGGGCCGGGACACCACUGCUGAUGGUGAUGGUGCAUCCUCCCGGCACAUGGCAGGGACCGUAGUUCAUGAGCACAACGCCAACUGGAGAUUUGACAUCAACCAAACUUUGGAGACAAACUGCGCGGCACUUGUGCAUUCAAACCGUGUGUCAAGAAACACAGAAGAAAAUAUUGUGAUUAGAAAUGUUGAGAGUUAUGAACCUGAGUAUGCAGGGGACAUUAGAGGGACUUCAGGCGGUCUGCAGAGCCCCACGUUUUUCCCCACAGAGUUAGAAAUAUGCGACAUUAACAUGACAUCCCUGUGCGCCACAGAGGGGUCACUCAGAUACACUUUAGACAGCGAAGAUGAGGAUUAUUAUGAUAAUGAAAUUCUGCCUUUUUAUGAAACCGUUAGAGGAAAGAGUGAUGGUGACAGAGCAGAGGUUGCAGAGCUGCCACAGCCGGGUCAGGAUAAAGGGCAGCUUGGUGAUAGUGCGCAGGAAACAGACAGGCUUAGGAACCAGCUGAAAGAAGCUUAUUACCUUCUUAUCAAUGCUAUGAAUGAUAUCAACCUGGAUGUCCAGCAGAUUAGUGGUGGUUUAGUGGGGCAGCAGGCCACUUCUUCUUGUAGUAGCCACUCCAGGGAUAGCCUGUGCUCAAGGUUGUCUGCCAAAAACAUGGACAGCGACUCCUGGUCCUCAGGAGGCGACCACAGCCCUCAGCAGGUGUCUGACACUGACUCACUACUACUUUGCCUCACUGGGAACCUUGAGUCAGGCCUCAAAGGCAGGCUGAAUAGUAAGAGUAUGAUGAACCUGUCUCUGAGGAAGAUAAGACCCACAUUACUGCGCUCUGCCAGUGACGGAGCUAUCAGGUAUCCAGAUGGACCCUCGUUGUGUGUUCAGGCUUCUGGAACGCAGAGUCCACACAUGAGUGGUGAUAAAGGGGCCACAGAGGCAAAAGAGGCUGCCACAGGCGCAGCUGACCUAUCAGAACCUCAGGUACUUUACAAUGCUGUCAGCAGUGAUGAGAUGCAAGAUGCUGCCGGCGAUGAAGAUCGAGGUGGGCCGCUCAACGACAGCAGCGGGUCAGUCAACAGCCUCACAGGUUCUUCAGACAGCAAUGCCGAAGCAUCAACAAAUCAGGGUCACAACAACAAGCAGGAACUGAUGGACAUCCGAGCGCAGGGGGCCAACUCUGUCAACAAGGGGCAAGGCGUCACUGUCAACAAGAUGCAAGAGUGGAUGCACAAGGGGCGCUUGUUGUCUUCUGAGAUGAAGCAGCGCAUUGAGGGCUCAUCUUUGCCCCGUGGCGCAGGCCAAAGCCAGGACCGGCUACCUCAGGGUAACCUCGGUGUGUGUAAACCAGGGGUCCAGACAUCCAGCCGAGGGGUUAAAUCUAUCAAGGCGAAGUCACCACGGCAGCAGCAGCCAGCUUUCAUUGAGAAUGUCCAUACCCCCUGUGCCAAUGGCCGAGAGGUGGGCAGGGCCAGCGAGUCCCCGUCAUGGCGGCCGCCGCUCACCACCAUCACCGUGUCCAAAAAGCGAAACUGGCUGCAGCAAAGUUCCCUUGGGAAGAAUCACUGCACCAAGGAUGAGCCGCAGGGAAUGCUGGGAGCUGAGGAGGAGGGCUCCCAUCAGCAGCCGCCUCCUCCCAGUCCCUCUCCAGAUCACCUGAGACCCUCAGGAGGGGCUCCAUCACGGCCAGCCCGCCUGCACCUGCCUCAGGUUAAUGUCAGUCAGGCCAAGACGUCUCCUCACCCUCGGAGUGUGGAUCCAGCCGAGGAGAAUGACGCAGAUGAUGAAGGGGAGAUCUGGUACAACCCGAUCCCUGAGGACGACGAACCGGAGAUGUCUCACCGAUCCUCUGUCCGGCUGCUGGUCCCCCCACGAGCAGAGCUCCAGAGGAGGCCAAGCAGGGGCGGGGAUGUGGGUCACGGUAGCAGGAACCCGGGGAGUGGCGGCAGCGGCGUUGGGCCGGAGGCGCUAGGGGAAAGCCUCGGUGGCGGUUCAGGAGAUGGAAGUCAGGGGAAUGCUGUACAUUCCACAGAGGCACUACAUCUGCACAGACAGAUGCUCGCGUGCAAACCUCAGGAGGAGGGGGGGCCUUCCACCAGCAGAGCCACAGAUGGUCCUGACCUGCCCAAUGUUGUCAGCUCCCCUCCCUCCAGCCCAAACCCGGCCAAGAAGAGCAGCUCCAUCAACUGGUCCUUCCCAGACAGGAUCAAGUCCCCACGCACUGUAAGGAAGAUUUCUAUGAAGAUGAAGAAGCUUCCGGAGCUCAGCCGGAAACUUAGCGUCAAGGGCACCCCGAGUAGUAGUAGUAACAGCAACAAUGGCAACGUAAACAGUAAUUUAGAGCCCCGAGCCCAUUCUCCCCGAAACAACGGGAGUGGAUCAGAGACCGCCCCCCAUUCCUCAGGCCCUCCCAGGUUAGCAACGUCUGGGGGUGGACAGGCCAGCCGUAAUGUGAUCUCACGCUACCACCUGGACAGCAGUGUGUCCACACAACACAGCUUCAGCAAAAAGAAAAGCAGUGGCAGCUCAAAGUCUGCCAGUAAAGGAGGCUACCUCAGUGAUGGUGACUCGCCUGAACUGGUGGCCAAAUCUGGGAAGCACAGCUCUGCAGAGGGGAAGGGAGGAAAAGGAAAGGAGAUGGAAACAGGAGGCGGAAACUCUAAACUCAACGGCACGGAGCUGGACAUUGAUGCUUUCCGACAUUACAGCUUCACAGAGCAGCCCAAGUGCAGCCAGUAUAUCUCCGGACUGAUGAGCCUGCACUUUUAUGGCGCUGAGGACCUCAAACCUCCACGCAUUGACUCUCGAGACGUCUAUUGCGCCAUCCAAGUGGACUCAGUUAAUAAAGCACGAACCGCCCUCCUCACAUGUCGAACUACCUUCCUGGAUAUGGACCACACCUUCAACAUCGAGCUGGAGAAUGCCCAGCACCUGAAGCUAGUGGUUUUCAGCUGGGAGCCCACGCCGAGACGCAACCGGGUCUGCUGCCACGGUACGGUGGUUCUGCCCGCGCUCUUCCGGGUGACGCGUUGCCACCAGCUGGCGGUGAAGCUAGAGCCACGGGGGCUGAUCUAUGUCAAGCUGAGCCUGAUGGAGCAGUGGCAGAACUCGCUGGAUGGUGGGCCAGAUGGAGACAGGGAGCCCCAGGUGUUUGGUGUGGAGGCGUGGCGGGUGGUGGAGAGGGAGAACACAGGACUGAUGGUGCCACUGCUCAUAAGCAAGUGCAUCAAUGAGAUCGAAAAGAGAGGCUGCCAGGUGGUGGGUCUUUACCGUCUGUGUGGAUCUGCAGCCGUGAAAAAGGAGCUCCGUGAGGCAUUUGAGAGAGACAGCCACGCCGUGGAGCUGUGUGAAAACACGUAUCCUGACGUUAACGUCAUCACAGGAGUACUGAAGGACUACUUGCGAGAGCUGCCCUACCCUCUCAUCACCAAGCAGCUGUAUGAGGCAGUGUUGGAGUCCAUGGUCACGAGGCCUCUGCGGAUAGGAGUGGCAGGCUGCGAGAAUGACCCGGCUGACUCCGAACACACCGUCAGCCUGCUGGACAACCUGCCAGAUGUGGAGAGGAUGACUCUGCAGAAGCUUCUUGACCACCUAAAGUUGGUAGCAUCCUGCCAAGAAGUGAACAAGAUGACGUGUCAGAACCUGGCGGUGUGUUUCGGCCCAGUGCUGCUCAGCCAGCGCCAGGAGGCGUCCUGCCACACCAACCGAGUCUUCAUCGACUCCGAGGAGCUGGCAAGCGCGCUGCACUUCAAAAAACACAUUGAAGUCCUGCACUACCUGCUGCAGCUCUGGCCAGUUGUGGACCCACAUGGCCGGUCCUCCUCACAGCCCCAUGCAACCUCUCUGGCUCCAGCCUCAUCAGACUUAAUGUCAGCUCCACCUCUACGGCGGAAAAAAGAACGUCCCCAGGUCCUGAACCUCUCUGAAGCCGAGAUGGCGGGCGUUCUGCGGCCCAAACCGGGACGCUUGGACAGCCCUAGCAACCGCUACGCCGGCGACUGGAGCGGCUGCGGUGAUAGCUACUUCCCUUGUGAAAUACUGCUGCCUCCCAGCAAAGAGGAGGCGGACUAUGACGACGUGCCCUCCGAGGACACGGAAGCAGCUGAGGAGGCGCAUGAGAAGCCCGAGGACGCAGAGGAAGACAAAGGGCAGAUGGUCACAAGCCCUGUGUCUGAUGCUGCUGAGCAGGAGCAGAGAGAGGAGGCAGUGAAUGAGGAGGAAAAGGAGGAAGAAGAGGAGGAGAAGCAAGAAGAGAGUGAUAGUUUAGGCAAUGGGCAGCCAUUAGAGGACAAGGAGGAGGACAGGGUGUGCGACCACAUCCUUCCCCCUCGUCUGCCCAAAGAGCACACGUACCAGGCUUACAUGAAGAUCCAGGACAUCAGCCCCGUGCUCAGCAACAGGGUCAACCUGAGAGACCUGCAGGAGAGCAUCGACACUCUGAUAGGAAACCUGGAGAGAGAGCUCAACAAGAACAAGCUCAACGUCGGAUACUGACUCUUGACACACACACACACACAGACAGACAGACACACACACACACACACACACAGACAUCCAAUCACACACUCAUAAAGCCUGAUGAGGUUUGGAGAAGACCUUCUUUACCGAUCAAGGUGCUUCAGGAUACAGCCUCAGUGUUUCCACGGAGAGCCUGUGAUGUUGGUGUGGUGCUGCUGUAACAAGGAUGAGAUGAGAAGAAAUGCAACGGGGCACUUCUGGCGUUUGUACCUUACCCAUUGACAUUCCGUAAUGUUUUUAUUUUUUGCUUUUUAUUUUUGUCGACUGUCUUUCUUCAUGUUGUUGGUUUGUCUCAGUCCGGUUCUGUGUUCCAUGUUGUUAUUGUUGCUUCUCUUCUUAUUAGAAGAACCCAUUGACCCCUCAGGGGUUUAAAAGGUGCCUUAAUUGUGUGAAGGUGGUACGUCGAGAGGAGAAUCCACCCUGAAAUGAAAUGCAUUUCCUUAUGUGAUCUUGAUACAGUGUUGACAACUUCUAAGAUAUAAGAAACAGUUGUUUUUACGUUAACAAAAGCUGCAGUACAUUGUUUUCUAGCAGGUUUGAAUCCAUCCUUGGUAAUAUGGGGCUUGACGCAUGCAAGAUUUUAAGCAGUGAUACUGACAACAUUUGCAGAGCAAAGCUACUGAUAGGCACUUUUUUAUAAUUGAUCAUUUUCCUACCAAAACAUCCCAGUGCUUCCAGAGUUUUGCCUUAAGUAUUUUCUUGGCAGGCCUCCGAAGCAGCAUUUGGACAUGGGACACUUCCACAUCUAUGCAGUGGUAGGAAAAAAAUCUGGGAUGCAUUAGGCCUUUCAAUUAAGAAUUGGUUUCCAACAAAAAUAUGUAAUUAGGUAAUUAGAUUAAUAAAAAAAUGUGCAUAGAAACAAAACCAUGAUGGUUUUGCAGUCAAGCCAAGACCUCUAUCACUUUGGCAGUGAAAUAAGUAUGUUCCAGUAUUUCACUGAACCACACUGUUAUUGACCAGAACGUUAGUCUCUAAUGCUGAAUUAAAAAACAAAACCAACUUUCUGAAUUCCAAGAGUUUCUAUCUUUUACCGUCUAUUUUUCAAGCUUGUAAGCACAGAGUUUAGUAACAAACCAGGAUCACAGGAGGAACAUUUAUUUGAGGGUGGAUUCCCUUUUUUAAGGCAGCAGAGAGCUUUUCUAUUGAGGUAUGAAACACUAAAUGUUGUACAACAAUAAUGCACUUAUGAGGCAGGCAGUAGUUUAGAUUGUCAUUAUAGUUCACGCAGUAAAUAUUAUGGACUGUGGACUGAGUUGAGGGAGAAACAGCCGCCACUGAAACCUCUUAAAGAUAAAUAUGAAAGAAAAUUGCUUGAAAUUUCUUUUAUGCUGUGCAUUGUGUGAGAUGUUAAGACACCCAUGUACAGGCGUGCAUACAGCUGUCAGAAUUGGAUACAAGGUAAUAAUGCUCUUAUCUCUGUUCACAGAAAGCUGUAUAUUAGAGACAGAUUUGAUCUUAAGCAGGCAACUACAAACAGAGAAAAUGUGUUUCAUGUGGCAUCACAUUUGCUUUAGGCCUAAGAGAAUAGUCCAACAUUUUGGGAAAUGUGCUUUUUAACAUUCUUGCUGAGUUUGGUGAGAAGAUUGAUACCACUUAUGGGUUGCGCUAAAUAAAUGCUAAAUAUGCUAAAUAUUAAGCUGUAGGAUUAUUAGCUUAGCAUACCAUAUAGACUGGUAUUUCCAUUUCCACCAAUGUGAUGAAAAAAACAGAUCGUAUAAGUCAUUAUUAUGAGAAACUCUCUUGAAAUAAAGACUAAGUAUCUCAAAAUAAUGACUCUACAUCUCAAAAUGAUGACUUAGUGUUGCAACAUAAUGAGAAACUUUAUCAGAAUAGUUAUUUUUGGUUUUGGUUA